CGAGAAGCGGGCUGACACGCCGGACCACAAUCCGGCAGCGGCCGUGGAUUUUCCUGUGCUGCCCCGUGUCGUUCGUUCGGUCCACUGGAAGCACUGAUUCGUUCAUUCACGGCUGAUUUGUGUGGGCCAAAGUCCGGGUCUUUUUCCAUUGUCCAUUGUUCAUCGUCGAGAGGUCGAGCAGCAGAAGCGCGGUCAUCAAUCGAUAAGCGGUUGGUCGAUUGAACUCCGCGACUCCGUAGGCACAAAGCAUCGGAAGAUUGGAGGCAGUGCAGUGUCGUAACUAUGGCGACGUGCAACCUCACAUUGCCUGUUUGUUCUGCCGUCUCUGGCGUCAUUGCAACGGCGAGUGCUGGUAGCGUUUCAUCCGCCCGACUGACCAACAGUUCUUUCUCGCAUUCUCAGUUUUUUGGCAAGAGCUGCCUUUCUACGGCUUCUACAUCUCGCCCAUUGCCCGCCGUGUCUCGCCGCGCUGCCACAGAAUGCAAGAUCAACAAGGGCGAUAAGCUUCCGUCGACAACCCUCAAGGACCAGGAUGGAAAGCAAGUUAAUCUCUCCAAGUUUAUGGGGAAGCCUUUAGUUUUGUACUUCUAUCCUGCAGACGAGACUCCUGGUUGCACCAAGCAGGCCUGUGCCUUCCGUGAUUCUUACGAUAAGUUCACGAAGGCUGGUGCUAAUGUCAUAGGAGUGAGCGCUGACAGCCCUGAAUCUCACAAGGCGUUCAAGCAAAAGUACAGACUGCAAUUUACCCUUCUGAGCGACGAGAACAACAAGCUGCGUAAAGACUGGGGAGUUCCCGGGGACUUGUUCGGCACCUUGCCCGGACGACAGACGUACGUUUUCGACAAGAACGGAGUGUGCCAACUUAUCUUUAACAACCAGUUCCAACCCGAAAAGCACGUGGGCGAGACUUUGAACGUACUAAAAAGUAUAUAGAUUGUUAACGGAUCGCAAACUAUCACACUUGUCUGUUUGUGCCUCCUACUGUACCAUCUUUUCAUCCACUAUAGAGCACAAUUUUGCGGCCAAAGGUGAAUAGUACUAGUUGCCUCAGCUGGAGGCGAGCGUUUCGCAGUUUACCAGGACCUCGGAGAAGGAUCCCAUCAGAGGCCUCCAGCCAAGGAUGUAAUGUACUUCAUUGUUCAUACAAAUGUAGCUUUGUAUAAAUCAUCGGUACAAUUUAGUUCAGUAGCCACGGGGUUCUUUGUGGGCUUUAACUUACUCUAGCGGUUUGUUCUGUUUUUCUUUAUUGAGGCAUAGCCCGGCUCGGAGCUUUGAAUUCUUACAGGUGCGUAACCCCUUGCAUAGACCUGCGAUGGAUGCAACGGAGUCCUGCAUCUGGAGUCCACUCCAGGAGGCUCCGUCUGCACAGUGUUCCCGUAGGAAGUCGAACAAGGGCAAUAUACUCUCGCCAAAUUCCGUGCCG